GAUAAGACACUCCAAAGGAAAAGCAAAGAAAAGAAAAGAAAGCAGUUCUCCAUGGAGAUGGAGAAGGAGAUCCUCCUCCUGGCUUCCGCUCCCGCUCCCGCUCCCACCAUCUUUCUUCUUUCUCAUAUUCCCUCCCCACCACCUCGCACAUAUUCCCACCACCUUUACUCCUUGCCGUCUCUCCUCCCGCACCCUCCACGGCCACGCUUCCCGCAGACUACCUACGUACAUGCGGCGCCGGCGCUCUCCUCUGGCGGCGCUGUGGCUCGCGGCGGCGUGGGCUCUGCAGCUGCUCGCGGGCGCCGGGGCCGCGAACCCGACGUGGUGCAUCGUGCGCACCGGGGCGCCGGUGAGGACGGUGCAGGCGGCGCUGGACUACGCGUGCAGCCCCGCGGGCGGCGCCGACUGCGCGCCCAUCCAGCCCAGCGCCCUCUGCUACCUCCCCAACACCCUCGCCGCGCACGCCUCCUACGCCUUCAACUCCGUCUACCAGCGCUCCCACGCCGCCCCCGGCGCCUGCGACUUCGCCGGCACCGCCACCGUCACGCUCACCGACCCCAGUUAUGGAUCAUGCACCUUCCCUGCAUCUCCAGGCGCAGCUGGGUCACCCGGUUCAGCCACGUCUACAUCUCGACCACCGCCGGGCAACCGCAAGCCUGACCUUGGAUCAGACGACGACGAUUCCGAUGCCGAUGAGGCUCACGUUGCCACCGCCAAUGCACCCUUGAUGUCUCUUGCCCUGUCAUGUUUCGUGUACCUGCACCUGCGUUGGUGGUGACACGGUAUGGAUUGCGUAGUUAGGCUCUGUGCGUAGAGCAUUGUCACGAUGUAAGAAGCCACCACAGUUUUGUUUUUGGGAGGGAAUUUGUAGUGAUCGCUCGUAGCAUUUGUAACCUGCCCGUUCAAGCAAAAGGGGCUAGAGUGGCAGACAUUUGGAUUCGUCUGAUUCAUUUGGAUGUUCUUUCGUGUCAUGAGCUUCUUCCUUUUUUCGGGGUU